UUUCAAUCAUCUAAGAAAAGAAGAUCAGAUCAAAGGCAUCACCUUUGUAAGAGACCCCAUUCAAGAGUCUCAUAAAAAUGGGGUCUCCAGAGCAGAAUAAAAAGGUGGCUGUUACUGGCGUCGCUUCCAUUUUCUUGGUGGCGUGCGUGGUGGCUGCCACCGUCUCCGUCGGUAGGUCCGGUGAAUCUGCCGAUGGAGGCGGCGAGAUUUCAACUGCAUCAAAGUCGGUGAAAGAAAUUUGCGCCCCAACUGAUUACAAGGAGACCUGCGAGAGGAGCCUUGCCGGCGCUAAGGACACAGACGACCCCAAAGAGCUUAUCAAGUUGGCGUUCAGGGUGACGGUGGAGAACAUCACCGACGCCAUUUCCAAGUCGGAGCUUCUCAAGGAGGCGGACAAGGACCCCAGAACUUCCGACGCACUCGACACAUGCAAGGAGCUGCUUCACAACUCCAUUGACGAUCUCAAGAGGUCUUUCCAGAAGGUUGAGAAUUUUGACAUGGCGCACAUCAAAGAAUACACUAACGACCUCAAGGUUUGGCUCAGCGGCGCCAUUACACAGCAAGAGACCUGUAUAGAUGCCUUCGAGAACACCACCGGCGACACGGGGGAGAAGAUGAAACAUCUUCUUAAAACCGCCAAUGAGCUUUCCAGUAACGGCCUCGCUAUGAUUACUCACUUCACAGAGCUCCUCCAGAGCCUGGAAAUCCCCGGCGUCAACUUCAAACGUAGGUUAUUAACAGCUGAAACUAAAGGAGAAGAACAAGAAGAAGAAUUCCCGGGAUUUGUAGACGCGGCGACGCGGCGUCUCCUCACCACCGAUCCGGCCUCCAUUAAACACGACAUAGUGGUCGCCAAGGACGGAAGUGGACAAUAUAAGAGCGUGGUUGAGGCUCUUAGAGCUGUUCCGUUCAAAAACGACGAGACUGUUGUGAUCUUCAUCAAGGCGGGUGUGUACAAUGAGCGUGUGGAGGUUCCCAGGAAGAUGAACAAGAUUGUUUUCGUGGGAGAAGGUCCAACCAAAACCAGGAUAACUGGAUCCCGGAGUAACAAAGACGGGAUUGGGACCUAUCACACCGCCACCGUUGCUAUCCAAGGAGACGGAUUCAUAGCACGGAAUAUCGGAUUCGAGAACAGCGCCGGGGCCGCGAAGCACCAAGCCGUAGCCCUUAGGGUUUCAGCCGAUAUGACCAUAUUCCACAACUGCCAUAUCGACGCCUACCAAGACACCCUCUACACCCACGCCUACCGCCAGUACUACCGCGACUGCACCAUCACCGGCACCAUCGACUUCAUCUUCGGCGACGCGGCCGCCGUCUUCCAGAACUGCAAGAUGGUGGUGAGGAAGCCAUUGAAGAACCAGGCGUGCAUGGUGACCGCGCAGGGGAGAAAGGAGCACCGCGGGGUGGGCGCCCUCGUCCUCCAAAACUGCGACAUCAUCCCAGACCCCGCCCUCAAAUCUGUGAACCCACCCGUCAAAGUCUACCUCGGGCGGCCGUGGAAGGAGUACUCCAGGACGAUCAUCAUGCAGUCUUACAUCGACGGCUUCAUCGCCCCCGAAGGUUGGUCUCCAUGGGAUGGUGAGAUUGGAUUGGACACCCUCUGGUACGCGGAGUAUCAAAACCGCGGCGCCGGAGCUUCAACCGCGUCUAGGGUUAAGUGGAAUGGGUACAAGAAGAACAUUAGCGCAGAUAUUGCUAAGCAGUUUACUGUUGGAAUGCUCCUGCAGGGUGAUGAAUGGAUCAAGGAAACUGGGAUUUCCUACGACUCUGGAAUGACGAAGGUGUAGUGUAGUGCUGAGACCAACUAAGAUUCCUAACUAUAUAUAUAUAUAUAUGUAUGGUUGCUUACUUAAACUGCACUAAAUGUGUAACUGUAAUAUUAUAUUGGUGGUACUAUACGGUGAAUCAUUUUUACACCAA